AUGAAAAGAAUAAACGAAUAUUUUUCUACUAAUACGAAUAAAAGAAGUCCCGUGCCUGCUAUUCCAAUAGCAGAAGAAGAAUCAUCACUAAUUUGUGAUACAAUUAACUCGGAGGAACCAGGUACAUCGUCCUCAAAUGUUGUUAUGUCCCGAGUUAAUGAUGUUGGUAUGUUUAUAAAAGUGGAUCGCAACUUAACUGAUAAUGAAAAACAUAUAGUUCUCACAAAUGCAUGGAUUCCGCCUGUUUCUUACUCGUUUCCUAUACUAGAGCCUAAUAAAGAACGAAAAUUAAAGUUUCAACACCACUGGUUAACUUCAUACAGCUGGUUACUGUAUUCCGAAAUAAAAUCUGGUGCAUUUUGUCGAUUUUGCGUGGUUUUUGCUAAAUGUGGUGGUGUGGGAAAUCAAAAACUAGGUUUUUUGUCCUCUGAACCAUUUAACAAUUGGAAAAAGGCUAAAGAAGUUUUUAAUAAACAUUCAUUGUUGGAAUACCAUAAAACUGCUGCUUUGAAAGCUGAUAGUUUUUUAAGUGUUUUUUCUAAAAAACAAAAAUCAAUUGUUGAUGCUUUGGAUGAUGAUAGGUCAAAACAGAUAAUUAAUAAUAGAAAAAGGCUUUUACCAAUCGUAGAAUGCAUAAUUUUAUGUGGCAAACAAGAAAUUGCUCUACGGGGACAUAGGGAUUUUGGCCCAAUUGACUUUACAUCAGCGUCAGCUAAAAAUGAAGGUAAUUUCCGAGAAAUUUUAAAAUAUAAAGUAAAAGACGACGAUUGUAUUAGAUCAUUCCUUGAAUCAGAUUCACGUAAUAAAUAUUUAAGCCCUAGGAUACAAAAUGAAAUAAUAGCUAUAUGUGGUGAUGUAUUAUUAAAAAAAAUUGUUGAAAAAAUCAAUGCAUCCAAAUGUUUCUCAGUCUUGGCUGAUGAAACAACAGACAUUUCAGUUACAGAACAACUAACAAUAUGUGUAAGAUACUUAAGUGGAACGGGGAAUGAUGUACAAAUCAAUGAAGAUUUUAUCAUGUUUGUUGAGAUUCAUAGUUUAACAGGAGUUGAUUUAGCAUCUGCAAUUCUAAAUGGUCUCAAUGUUAGUGGUAUUAACUGUGAUUUUUUGUAUGGCCAAGGGUAUGAUGGUGCUGCAAAUAUGUCCGGGCAAUUUAAAGGAGUAAAAUCUAUUAUUCAAGCAAAGUAUCCUAAGGCAUUGUACGUGCACUGUGUUGCCCAUUCCUUAAACUUAGCAGUAUCCUCUGCGUGUGAUUUACAACCAAUUCGAAUUUGCCUUGGGGUCAUUGAAAAAUUGUAUUGUUUUUUUAAUACACCUAAACGCAAAAAUGCACUUUUUGAGGCUAUUAGUAAUAGUGAUUUGAUACCAAGCAUAAAAUCAUUAAAACGAUUAUGUGCAACCAGAUGGAUUCAAAGGUAUGAUGCCGUUAAUGAUUUUGUUCAGUUAUUUCCAUACGUUGUAGUUUCAUUAGAAACUAUGUCAAGUUGGAAAGAUGUAACUGCAGUUGAAGCCAAUAUGUUAAGAAAUGCAAUGGACUCAGAAUUUCUUAUAUCAGUACAAAUUAUAAAGGUUUUAUUUUCAUAUGGGCUGCCAUUGUGCAAACAACUACAAAGCAAAGACAUUGAUUUAAAAGAAAUGGUUGGUUUAGCAGAAGAUAAUGUUAAUGCUCUUAAACAACUAAGAACUAAUAUUGAACCUGAAUUUAAAAAAAUAUUUGAUGAGGCUCAAAAAAUGGCUGAAGUUCUAGAUUUUCAAAUUGUAGUAAAAAGAAUAAACAAAAGGCAAAUAAACCGUGCUAAUCCAUCAUUAUCAUCCGAAGAACCAGAAGAUUAUUUUAGAGUUACUAUUUGUAUUCCUUAUAUUGAAUCAUUCAUAAAUCAACUAGAGCUCAGAUUCUUAGAGCACCAUAAUAUUUUUAAAGGUUUUUAUUGUUUAUUUGACAACAACGAAGAUUCUAAUGAAGCUGAUUUUGAAUCUCUCGUUUCAUUCUACUUGACUCAUCAUGAUUUGUCUACCACUCUUGGUGAACUUAAAAUGUGGAAGUUAAAACCGUGA